AUGGCAACAGAAGUGACUUCGAGCCGAUCGAGUUGGAGAGUUCGGGAUGGGGGCCUGCGGCAUGGGGGCCAGUGCUCCCGGCUUCACGACAAACAAACUUUAAGGCUGACAAUAGUGCUGCUCAACCUGUACCGGAACCCACAGAACACCGCCCAAACCGCAGACGGAUCGCACUGUCACGUGCGUGACGCAGAGGUGCAAGAACACUAUGAUAACUUAUUUGAGGAGGUGAUCAUGGAACGGCAGGAGAAGUACGGGGAGACUGAAGAGAUGAAUGUGUGCGACAACUUGGGGGACCACCUCGUGGGCAAUGUCUGUGUCAAUUUCCGGCAUGAAGAGGAUGCUGAGUGGGCAGAAGCUGAACUCAGUAACCGCUGGUUCAGUGGGCAGGCUGUGCAUGCUGAUCUGUCUCCUGUCACCGACUUCCAGGGGUCAUGCUGUCGGCAGUAUGAGAUGGGAGAAUGUACUCGUGGUAGCCUUUGCAACUUCAUGCACCUGUGACCUGCCUCCCGGAACUUCUGGCAGCAGCUCCAUUGGUGGGAACCCAGGCUCAGGUCACCCCCAAGGUCCCAUACCUGCCACUGUCCCAAAGAAACUGAUGACAGACCAACACCUGACCACCAAUCCCACGGCCGCCUCCAGCCUGUGAGGUGCCCCUUCAGAAAGGUUUCACCUGCCACAGCAGGUGGGAGCCAGGAACACAUCAGCCCCCUCUGGCUUUUUACUGAGAAUCCAGGAACAAAGGGGGGUUGGUGCCAGCAGGCGAAGGCUGACCACCCAGAGGAACGACCUGUCCCUGUCACUCAUGAGUCUGUUAGUAACAGAGGUGGACGAGGAAGCUGA